AUGUUCGCGGAAGUCAAGUCUGAGGAUGCGGCCGAAUAUUCCCAACUCGACGCGCUCGACCCACUCUAUUACCCGGGCAGUGACGUGCACGGUUGGCCGAAGAAAAGGGUCUCUGAUUUUAUGCACGACCACCCAGAGGCGGUAAUUUUGCAUGACACGAAAUGGGCAACGCUGAAACAUAUUGGACUGUUGAUCGAUGGGGAAGAGGUGCCGCUGGAAUAUGUGAAAUGUAUCGAUUGCGGGACGAUCAUCAAGGAUAAUGAUGGCGGGAAUAAGGGACGUCACCGAAAACUGUGCCGCCAGCAGCAAUCGAGGAAACGCCCUCACAGUGAGCAGCUGGACACGCCGCCCCCAAAGCAGGCGGGCCCGGAAUGGGAUCCGGCCCGAAUUUUAGACGUUGUGGACGAGUACGACGCGGCGACCGCGCAGCCCUCCUCAUCACUGGCGUGCCCCCAUUUCCGGAAGCUUCUUGGCGAGAUCGUGGUCAUCACCAGUGGUCAAAAAUUCGACGCGGAUGAAGUGGCAACGACGCUGCUCGAGUACACAACCAAAACCCGCGCGGCAGACGAAACGAAGCGGCGGGCAGAGGAGCUGAAGGCUAAGAUGAAAGAGGCGAUCGACAGCGGUGCGGCCAACGUACUCGUUGAUGCCGUCGACGCGAACGGACUGCACUAUUUUGGCGUGAUGAUCCCGCGCUGUCAGAUCGAUGUGCAGCUGCCGACCAGCGAGCACCUGCACAAGCUGUUG